AUGGAUAUCCGACGUGCUAUUCGGGAUACUGCAGAGCCCAAAGUACUCUCGGUGGCCUUCAAUAAUGAAGGCAACAGGUUCGCUUGUGGCUUGGACGACGGUUUGAGAACAUUUCGGGCCAAAGAUUGUAUAAGAACAAUCAAAGAGGCAAUUCGACCUGGACACGGCCUUGCUAUCGUAGAGACCUUGGACGACAGAUAUGCCGCUCUGGUGGGUGGCGGAAGACUGCCAAACUCAUCGCCUAACAAGCUUGAGUUCUGGGACCUCGUGGAAAAGAAGAAAUUGAAAGAAUUAAACUUCGGCGAACCUAUCAUCGCCAUCCGGGUCACUGCCAAAUACUGCAUCGUCGUCUUGUUAGAGCGCAGUAUAACUCUGGGGUAUGUGAAGGACACAACAACUGGCGCCAUCAAUCUCGGCACAGUGAAGGCACUUUACCAUACCGCCGAGAAUCCCUUCGGUCUCUGCUGCAUCAGAGGCGAGACUCUUGCGCUACCUGGCGAAACGCCAGGACAAUUUCAGGUGCUUACCUUGUCAUCCAAGGACAAGAAGGUCUUCAGAGCUCAUGACUCGUCACUGAGGCAGAUGGCCAUGAGCUGGGACGGCACCACAAUCGCCACAGCUAGUGAGCGAGGUACCAUCAUUCGUAUCUUCAGCACGACAGACGCGAAGAAUCCCACCGAGUUACGUCGUGGUGUUGAGUCUGCCUCUAUCUGGGGUCUUGCCUUCUCACCAUCCACCGAAUGGCUCGCCUGCACGUCCGAUAAGGGAACCUUACAUGUCUGGGAUCUUCGUGGUUCGAGAGCGACCGAAACACGUGUCAAUCCAGCACCCAGUCAAAGAAAGCGCGGCUCUGUCAGUCGUAUCAACCACGACUAUGACACACUAUCCCACGUCUCAGGCUCUUCAUCACCACUACCCGGCGCUGUAGCCACACCAGCAGGUUUCCUGCCUCUUCCCUCAGAUCUCUGCCACGCACCACCUUCCUCUGGACCCUCAAUCGGCUCAUAUUUCAGCGGCCUAGCCAAGGGCAUCAGAUCAACUACAUCAACCGAGUUCACUAUUGGCUCGGACCCAUCAAAUUGGCAAGGUCAACCACGCUACACCAACACAACACUGCCUAAUGGACAGACUGCAAACUUCAAGAACGAGAAUGUUGCUGUACCUGGUAGACCAGACGGUAAACCACCAAAGGGAAUCUUGGCUUGGGACCCCGAGGGUGGAGAUAGAAGGUUGUGGGUUGUUGAGGGUGGAGCAGAUGCAAGAUGGGAAGUGUUUGAACUGGUUAAUGAUACGCACACUGGUGAUGUCAAGAUUGCGAGUAUGGGGUUCAGAAACUAUCUCACCAGACAAUUUCCUGAGAAGAGUUGA